AUGGAGAAAACAACAGCACUCGGCCCACCGUCUCGUCGACUACGUCACGGCACAUCAUUAAUAACAGUUCCAUACAAGCUCUCCUGCAAGUUCUCCUGCAAGUUCUCCGUACAAGUUGUCGAUGUACCAAUUUUCAAUAUCUACCAACUUUGUUACCCUAUGGUAAUCUCUACGACUAUGCUACCCUGUGGCACCCUCUUCGAGCCUCCUAUGCUACAAUGUGCACUCUCUACGAAUCUCCUAAGCUACAAAAGUGUACUCUCUACGAACCUCCUAAGCUGCACUCUCGCAUACUCUCUCCAUCAUUACAGUGCCUGGCCCCAUCUCCAGCCAGCUCCAGCUCCAGCUCCAUCUCUUCCUCAUCUGAAAGUGCACACACUCUCGGAAAAUUGUAGACUACUGCUCAACACCGGCUUACUGCGCGGCUCCAGAUGCUCUACGUAUAACGUUCUGCUAGAAACUUCCCUCCGCAAAAAAUUCCCACUUGCCCCGCAUUGUCGUGGAACAAUUGGAAAAAUAAAAGGUAAAAUUCGCCAAAGUCCAGUGGUCCCACACUAA